AAAAUGACUUCCUUGAUACCUAUACGUUUUCAAGAACUCUUUUCUUUGCAAAAGAUGGGGAUCAGUCCGAACAAUAUCAGUUUUGGAUAUGUGACCAUGGAAUCUGACAAGUACAUCGUUGUUAGAGAGACAGUUGGUGACUCGUCGCAAGCCGUCGUUAUAAAUGUUGCGAACCCAACUGAUAUUCUUAGAAAACCGAUUAGCGCUGACUCGGUUAUGAUGCAUCCAGUUUCGAGAAUUUUGGCUCUUAAAUUGCUUAAGAAUCUCCAAAUUUUCGAUUUGGAAUUGAAAGCCAAAAUAAAAGCUUACAGUGGAACAGAAGAUGUUAAGUUUUGGACCUGGAUUAACUCAAAUACCAUUGGAUUUGUGACAGAUGUUUCGGUGUACCAUUGGACACUUAGUGGUGAUGCUGCACCUGCCAAAGUAUUUGAUCGACAUUCAACUUUGCAGAGUACUGAAAUAAUCAGUUAUCGAUCUAACGCCGAUGGGAAGUUUCUUUUGCUUGUUGGAAUUUCGUCAAAGGAUAGUCGCAUUGUUGGAGCAAUGCAACUCUAUAGUACGGAGAGGAAGGUUUCUCAAGCCAUUGAAGGUCAUGCUGCUUGUUUUGUACAAUUCAAGCUUGAAGGUAAUCCACAUCCGAGUAGUCUUGUUUGUUUUUCUUUGCGUAAUGCUGCUGGAGGAAAGUUGCACAUUGUGGAAGUCUCACAAACUCCUGCUGGCAAUCAGCAAUUUCCUAAGAAGGCCAUUGACGUUGUUUAUCCUGCUGAUGCUGCUUCGGACUUUCCUCUUUCAAUGCAGGCGUCCUCAGCUUAUGGAAUUUUGUAUAUGAUCACCAAAUAUGGUUAUGUUCAUGUGUUCGAUAUCGAGACUGGCUUUUCAAUCUAUACAGUUCGUAUUUCGACUGAUACGAUUUUCAUUACAACUGAACAUACUUCUAAUAAUGGCGUUCUUGGUAUUAAUAGAGCUGGCCAGGUCCUUUCUGUUUGUUUGGACGAAACAACCGUCAUUCCUUACGUCACUCAACAAUUACAAAAUCCGGAUUUGGCUCUCAAAUUGGCUUGUCGUUGCAAUCUUCCUGGGGCUGAAGAACUUUUUGUUCGCAAAUUUAAUUUGUUGAUUGGAAAUGGAAAUUAUCCAGAAGCUGCAAAAGUUGCUGCAACUGCACCUCAAAAUAUCCUCAGAACACCACAGACGUUACAAAAAUUCCAAGUUGCUGUUCCACAAGGGAAGGCUACUUAUCCUCUUCUAAUCUAUUUCAAUGCGUUGUUAGAACAAGGCUCUUUAAAUAAAUAUGAGUCAUUGGAAUUAUGUCGACCUGUUUUAGUUCAGGGAAAGAAACAACUUGUUGAAAAAUGGAUUUCUGAGAGCAAACUGGAAUGUAGUGAAGAAUUGGGUGAUUUGGUUAAGCAAUAUGACGUUAAUCUCGCAUUAAGCAUUUACCUUCGCGGCAGUGUGCCACAUAAAGUUGUUCAGUGCUUUGCUGAAAUGGGACAAUUUGACAAGAUUAUUCUCUAUGCUAAAAAGGCAAAUUACGAACCUGAUUAUCUUUACCAAAUGCGUCAAGUUUUGCGAACACAUCCAGAUAAUGCUGCGACAUUUGCGCAAAUGUUGGUCAGCGAGGGUCCAAAUGGAGAACCAUUGGCUGAUAUAAAUCAGAUUGUUGACUGUUUUGUAGAGGUUGGAAAUAUUCAGCAAUGUACUGCAUUUUUGUUGGAAGCUCUAAAAGGAGAUAGUGAAUCGCAAGCUCAUCUUCAGACUCGUCUUUUGGAAAUGAAUUUACUUUCUAAUCCUCAAGUUGCUGAUGCAAUCUUAGGAAAUCGAAUGUUUAGUUAUUAUGAUAGAGCCGCAAUUGGGCAACUUUGUGAGAAGGCUGGUUUGUUACAACGAGCGCUUGAGCAUUUUACUGAUCUUUAUGAUAUCAAACGUACAGUUGUUCAUACGACACUUUUCAAUCCAGAAUGGCUCAUUAAUUACUUUGGUCGACUCAAUGUCCAAGAUUCGUUGGAAUGUUUAAAGGCAAUGUUGCAGACAAAUCUUCGUCAAAGUCUUCAAAUUGUUGUGCAAAUUGCGUCCAAAUAUUCUGAACAAUUGACUACACAAGCGCUUAUUGAUUUGUUUGAAUCUUUUAAAAGCUAUGAAGGCCUCUUCUACUAUCUUGGUUCUAUCGUUAAUUUCAGUCAGGAUCCUGAAGUUCACUUUAAAUAUAUUCAGGCCGCUACGCGUGCUGGACAUGUUAAAGAAGUUGAACGAAUCUGCCGUGAGUCCAACUAUUAUGAUGCUGAACGAGUCAAGACAUAUUUGAAAGAGGCUAAAUUGACUGAUCAGUUGCCAUUAAUAAUUGUUUGCGAUCGCUAUGACAUGGUUCAUGAUCUUGUUCUAUACUUGUAUCGCAGUAAUUUAAUGAAGUCGAUUGAAGUUUUUGUAAGCAAAGUAAAUCCUAAACGCCUUCCUAUUGUUGUUGGUGCAUUGUUGGAUGUUGAUUGUAGUGAAGACACAAUCAAACAAUUAAUUCAAAACACUCGUGGAAAAUUUGACAUUGAUGAGCUUGUUGAGGAGGUUGAAAAAAGAAAUCGUCUAAAACUUCUGAGCUCUUGGCUGGAAAGUCGUGUGCAGGAAGGCAACUUUGAUCAAGCCACACACAACGCUCUCGCAAAGAUAUACAUUGAUUCAAAUAACAAUCCUGAACGUUAUCUUCGUGAAAACCAAUAUUACGAUUCAAAAGUUGUUGGCAAGUAUUGUGAGAAACGUGAUCCACAUUUUGCUUUGGUGGCAUACGAACGUGGAAAGUGUGAUGCCGAACUUAUUUCUGUUUGUAAUGAGAAUUCUCUCUUCAAAAAUCUUGCUCGAUAUUUGGUCCGUCGUCGAGAUGCGGAACUUUGGGCACAAGUACUUAAAGAAGACAAUCCUCAUCGACGUCAAUUAAUUGAUCAAGUUGUUCAAACAGCACUUUCUGAGACUAAAGAUGCUGAAGAUAUCACUCAUACAGUAAAGGCGUUUAUGGCUGCGGAUCUUCCAAACGAAUUAAUUGAAUUACUUGAGAAAAUUGUUCUCGACACUUCAACUACAAGCGAACACAGAAAUCUUCAAAAUUUGUUAAUUCUUACUGCAAUGAGAGCUGAUCCUUCACGAGUAAUGGAAUAUAUUCAAAAACUUGAUAAUUAUGAUGCACCUGACAUUGCUAAUAUUGCCAUUACAAAUCAACUUUUUGAGGAAGCUUUUGCGAUUUUUCGUAAAUUUGGUGUGAAUGCGUCAGCAAUUAAGGUUUUAAUUGAAAAUAUUAGAAAUUUGGAUCGUGCUUAUGAAUUUGCAGAAAAGGUUAAUGAACCUGCAGUUUGGGCUGCACUUGCCAAAGCUCAACUAACGGAAGGAUUGGUAAAGGAAGCUGUUGAUUCCUUUAUAAAAGCUGAUGAUCCAAGUGCUUUUAUUGAUGUAGCAAAAAAAUGCGACGAAACUAACCAUUGGGAAGAUCUUGUUCGUUAUCUUCAAAUGGCUCGAAAGAAAUCACGCGAAUCUUUUAUUGAAACUGAGCUUUGUUUUGCAUAUGCAAAAACUGGUCGAUUGGCGGACCUUGAAGAGUUUAUAGCUGAGCCCAAUCAUGCACAAAUUCAACAAGUUGGUGACCGUUGCACAGAACAAGGAAUGAAUGAUGCUGCCCGUAUUUUAUUCAACAGCAUCAGCAACUUUGCUAAACUUUCGACUACUCUGGUUGAAUUGGGAGAUUUUCAAGGUGCUGUUGAUGCUGCUCGAAAGGCUAAUUCUACAAAAACAUGGAAACAAGUUCUUCGUGCCGCGGAGCAUGCUCAUUUAUGGUCUGAACUUGUGUUUUUGUAUGAUAAAUAUGAGGAAUAUGAUAACGCUGUGAAUACAAUGAUUCAACAUCCAACAGAAGCUUGGCGUGAACAACAUUUUAAAGAAAUUGUUACAAAGGAUGCAAUGGAUUAUGCGGCAGAGAGUCGUCAACCAGAAGUUGUUUGUUUUGCUUGUGUAAAUCAUAAAGAGUUUCGUCUUGCUCAAAUUUGUGGUCUCCCUAUUGUUGUGCAUGCUGAUGAAUUGGAAGAACUGAUAAAUUACUACCAAACUCGCGGCCACUUUGAGGAACUCAUUACUCUAUUGGAAUCUGCUUUAGGAUUAGAACGAGCACAUAUGGGAAUGUUUACAGAGUUGGCUAUUCUUUAUAGUGUUACCCCCGGACUCGAGACUCGAUACUUGCCCUUUUCAUCAAGUCCCGACCCCGACCAUAUUUCCCAUCGAUGUUUAUAUUUAUUUUAUAUUUAUUCCUUCCCAGCCUAUCUUUACACUUUAUCUCUCUUCUUCUCAAUUAUUGUUCACCUUCUUCCGUUCCCAACAUUAAUCACAAUUACAUUCAUCCUUUUGUCAACAACUUUAUAA